CACCAGCACGCGUCUGGCCGGUAAACAAGCAAACAGGCCCCGGUCCCGGCCUCAAGAGGCCCUCUCCCAGCAUCAGCCGCCGCGCGCUGCCCUCGUCCCGAUCUCCGACCCAAAUACCCGAUCCGCCAUGGCCGGAAUAAGGCUUACGCCCGAGGAGCCCGAGAUGCCCGUUGGCACGCCACCCCGCCCCCAGCUCCCACCCUCCGUCGCCGGGGCAGGCGGUGGCAGCGGAGGGCUGGAAAUGGCGUCGGACGACGAGCGGUCCAUUGCGGCGGACUCAUGGUCAGUGCGGAGCGAGUACGGGAGCACGCUCGACGACGACCAGCGCUACGCCGACGCCGCCGAGGUGCUCGCCGCUUCCGCGGCCUCCGCCAACUUCCCCUCCGCCGCCUCCGAUUACUGCUCUGAUAAGGAUGAUGAAGAUCCUGGUGAUGUUGAAGGAUCAAUGCUGGGUCUCCAAAGUUAUUGGGAUGCUUCUUAUUUGGAAGAUCUUGCAAAUUUUCAGGAACAUGGGCAUACUGGAGAAAUAUGGUUUGGUGCAGAUGUAAUGGACACAGUUGCUGUUUGGACGAAAAGUUUGUGUAGUAUUAUUGAAGGCAGGAUUCCAUCUGGUCAAGACAGCAUCGAAAGUGAAGUAGAUGAAAAUUUAUUCUCCAACUACCCUGUUCUUGAUGUUGGAACUGGAAAUGGCCUUCUUUUGCAAGCACUUGCUAAGCAGGGGUUUACAGACUUAACCGGAACAGAUUACAGUAAAGGAGCUGUUGAACUUGCAAGAAACCUAGCUGCUCGUGAUGGCUUCUCUUCAAUAAACUUUUUGGUUGAUGAUAUACUUGAGACAAAGUUAGAUAGGAAAUUCAAAAUUAUUACAGACAAAGGGACAUUGGAUGCCAUUGGAUUGCAUCCAGAUGGUCGUGCGAAAAGAAUAAUAUAUUGGGAAUCUGUAUCGAACUUGGUUGAACCUGGUGGCAUUGUGGUCAUAACAUCAUGUAAUCACACAAAGGAUGAGCUCCUGCAAGAAGUAGAAGAUUUCACCAAGAGAAAAUUUGGCAAGGAGAACGUGGAUGAAGGUGCAGGAGAUGUGUCUGAGAUCUUCCGGUACAUAGACCAUGUCCGAACAUAUCCUACCAUAAUGUUUGGAGGAAUUGAGGGCUCUCAAGUCUGCACUGUGGCCUUUCAGCGGGUGUGAGUGAAAACUGAGGCACACAUAGUUCUUGGCCAAAUGUGUCGCGUUGGAUCCAGAAGAAGUGGAUAAAAAUUUUGUGCUUCACCUGUGGGACUGUUCCUACUGUAUUGAGAAACAGUUCAAACUGGGUCUUCUGUCGUUAGGUCAUCUAUCCAGGACGGUCGUGUAAUUUUAGACGGACCAGACGAUGAGACGAGUCAGUCCUGUAUUGUCACCGUGGACGUUUCCUCGUAUUGCCAUUCCUCUUAUACAUACGCUAGUCAAUUUAUUAUUACUCUUUCUUGUAAGGAAGAAGUUUCAACUUGUUAACAGUGGAUUAUUUUAAGUGAUCGUCGUCUAUUUAUGCAA